AUGGAUAAUGAGAAAUGGAUGAAAAUGCCUACGCCAAGUACUGACAGUGUGAAAGUCGCCGUGCGAAGAGAGAAGAAUUCUGGGAGCAAAUGUGUGAUUUCCAUGCAUUCCAGGACCAUCACCAUACAGGACCCUAAGAAUCCAGAGCAUGUGAAGACAUUUACUUUUGACCUGGCAUACUGGUCUCACGAUGGAUUUCAAAAGGAUAAAGAUGUUGUCCUUAUUUCAGCUGAUCCUAGUAGUAAAUUUGCAGGCCAGAGAGACGUCUUCCACGAUCUUGGCAGAGGGAUUCUGGACUGUGCUUGGUAAGGCUAUAAUGCUACUCUCCUGGCCUAUGGCCAGACUGGAUCUGGGAAAAGCUAUUCCAUGAUUGGAUUUGGUGCAAACAAAGGUAUUAUUCCAACUGUGUGCGAAGAGCUCUUUCAAGCAAUUGAGAACCAGGGAAGAAAUCAACAGCACGAGGUCACGUUCAGCAUGCUGGAAAUUUACAAUGAACAGAUACGAGAUUUGCUGUCCAGCACCAAAAAACCUGGUGGGCUCAAAGUAAGGGAAGACCAACAGCUGGGCUUCUAUGUGGAAGGCCAGUCGGUGCCCUGUGACAACUACGCCCACAUUGAAAGGCUGAUGGAACAAGGAACAAAAGUCAGGACCACGGCUUCGACCAACAUGAACGCCAGCAGCAGGCGGUCCCACAUGGUCAUCACCAUCCAGUUCAAGCAGGUUUUCCUAGACAGAGACCUGAGCAAACGAUCCAGUAUUAAUUUGGUGGAUCUAGCAGGAAGUAAGAGGCAGAAAUCUUCAGGAUCUGAAGGAGACAGACUGAGGGAAGGAUCACGAGUUAACUUAAGUUUAACCAAUUUGGGAAAUGUUAUCAGCGCUCUAGCUGAGGCAGCCACGGGGAAAAAGGUCUUGCACAUUCCAUACAGAGACUCCGUUCUCACCAAGCUGCUGCAGUCAGCUCUUGGUGGGAACAGCAGAACCGCUUUGGUAAAAGCCCUUUCUCCAGCAGAUGUGUGCAAACCUACGAGUGUGUCCAUCUUUGCGCAUGAAAGGGCUAAAAAGAUCCGGAACAAAGCAGUGGUCAACACCUGGACACUGACGAGAGAGGCAAGGGCAGGGAACGGCGAGCUACUGCCCAGAUGCAGAAACUCCAGAAUGAUGCAGACCUUCCCUCGCCUUCUUAACGUCAAUGAGGACCCACAGCUCACCGGGGUCCUCAAGCACGUUCCUGUGACGCUGGCCAGGCUGCUUCAAAUGCUAUCACAAUUCAAGGUCUGGGGUGAGUUUCUAGGAAUCACUCCACACAGCGAAUGCAAGGUUGCCGUUAACGGGGUGCCCAUCACCACCAGGACAAAGCUGCAGCAUUUGGACCGCCUUAUUUUGGGAUCCAACAGUGCCUACCUGUACGUGGGGCUUCCUUCAGAGCAGGGCAGUGAGGACCUCGGCAGGUUCGAUUACGACUUCUUCCAGCUGGAGAGGGCGGCUGCGGAGGGAGUGGGCGAGGACGAGCUGGGUGCUGCAGACGGUGGAGACGGCAAAGCAGACCCCAGCGUCCUGGCUGUGUUCCAGGACUACAUCAAACUCAUGCCGCUGGUUGCAGAAGCCAAUCAAAUGAGUGAAGAGCUCAAGAAGGCACUUCACAUGGAAUCGAAGGUGAAGAAUUUAGCGUCAUCAGAUUCCAGGGGCUAUGACCUAAAGAAGAAGGUGAUGGUGAAGGUGACCAACCGCAGGACUCACGAGGUGUGGAUAUGGUCAAAAGCCAAGUUCAUCAAUAGGAAAUUCCUAAUGGAGGAACUUUACCAGCACUUUCUAGAUGGAGAUGACAGCCCUGUGGCUCAAGACGACGACCUUUUCUGGGAUCCUGUCGAGGUCAUCCACUUGGGCUCAGCUCACAUCUGGCUCCAGUCGCUGGCCUACUGCGUGAAGCUGGAGGAGCAGGCGGAGUUUCUGAACUGUGACGGGCUGGAGGAGGCCGUGCUGCAUAUCUGCAUGGCACCCUGCUCCCCCACAGGACAAACACAUGGCGAGGAGGAUGUGGUUAUUGACCCUUUGGAGCUGCUGGGCAAGAGGAUGGAUUUCCAGAUUCACAUUGUCCGGUGCCUUGGUAUCAAGUGGAUGAAGGAAGAUGCAAAGUGGGGCAUUCAGAUAGGGUACAGAAUUUAUGACCUUUCAAAUAACUAUACCAAACCUGUAUGGAAAAGCGUGAAUCCACAAAUUGAAGAGACCGUCCAAUUUACAGCCUUAAAUGCAUCUCAGGAGUUUCUGAAUUAUUUGCAGACAAAUGCCCUUAUUGUUGACCUAUGCGGCCUUCAAGAAGGCUGCACCGAGCUGAGCUGCAAUCAGCUGGGCCUCAUGGUCACAGGUAAAGGCCAUAUCCUGGUAGACACCAAGAAAAUUUCCACUGUGAAGGAAACAGGCCAGGCUGCAUCAAACCACGUACCAGAACUUUAUCUGAAGCUGUUCAAGUUUGAGCAGGAGACAGAACUGCUCAGAAACAUUAACAGAGCCCUCUGAGAGGAGAACGUGCUUCUCAAAGAAUCACUUGCGAAAACUGCUUCUGGUCAAGCCCAUAAGCCUUCCAACACUCUGAAGAUAAGCGGGAUGACAGCGCAACUGCCAUCAGCCAGAGAGAUGAGCCACAUGUGUACACAGCAAGCCAGCUAUGGCCGAGAAUUUGCCAAGGCUCUCAAGGUGUUCUACCAAAGCAUGAACACGGCAAGAGGGCAGCUUUUCAGACUCAGGCAGUACAAACCUCCUGAAGACGAUCAACUACUUCGACCAUUUGUAUGCCAACAAUCACAGAUGUUUAAGGAUUUGGGGGAUCUACUUGAAUCCAGCUUGUGGAAACUGAAAAAUGAUGUUGCUCUUAUAGUGAAAAAGAAGAGAGAAUAUUUACUGCAUAUGAAAUAGUGACGACACACCAACUGAAAACUGAAAAUAUUCAAGCUUUGAGUUGUGAAGAUUAUUUGUGUAGCUAAUGAGCCUACCUCAUUUCCCACUUACUUUAACCUAUUUCUUCUACCACUUUUAAGCAAAACUGUCCUUCAGUGUGAUUGCCCAUCAUCUCCAUAACCUAAUGGCUGCUUGAGUGGCCUCUGUUCC